AUGGAGAGACAAGUGAUUUUGAUUUUACUCUUUGUUCUAACCUUCUCUUAUUCUUUGUCUACGGGAGAACUUAAAGCAGGUAAGCCAUUAUCUAUUGACGUACACUCGAUGCAGUUGCUCUAAAGGAUGUACUAAAAGAUUUAAAGAGAAAAUACUGUAGAGAUGGAUCGUAGGGAAAGUUACUCAAGUGCAAGCCCUUUUAGCGAGAAGUGCCUUUAAGUCCUUUAAAGGGGCUCAUGCACAUUCAUCAAAGCAUCGGAUUAUAAAUUUAUCCUUAAUUCCCUAGAAUGUUACCGCUUUAGAAGAAAACUGUUGGAACCGUAAUCUAUUCAUGCCAUUUCUUUAUCGUGAUACAAUGGCGUUGUAGGAGGCCCUAUAUUGUUAACUCCUUAUUUUAAUAAAUAGUUGAACUAUCCAUGAUAAAAAUGCUUUCUUUUUAAUUAGAUCUUGCUGAGGAAAUUGAAGAUUUACUAGGUAAUUUUUCUUUUAUUUCCAACGAGCAUAUAUAGUAGUGGUUUGGUGACUCACUCGUAAAUCCAAAAAACGUAAAUAAAAUAUAUUACCUGGGGAAGGUUUCUAGAUCGGUUAUUACUUCAACUGCUAAAAACUUGAGAGCAGAUGUAUUUUGCAAUGAUUAAAUAGUCACUAACUGCUCAUAGUCUGAUAUCUAAUUAUCUCGGUUAUAAUAGGUGAUAUCGACUCAUGAACGUACAAUUCUCUUUUUUCUAAAACGUUUUGGAACAUCUUUCUUUCUACUUUAUGCAUUUCAGAUAGCGUGCAAGAUGAGAGCAACGCAUUGAAAGGUAUCACUGUUCUUUUAAGAGUACCUUUACGUGUGUUCAGAAGGAAAGAAUAAGGAAUACAUUUAAAAUGAAAAUUAUUGAAAAUUAACGAAAAGUAAUCUAUCCCUUCAUAAUUACGUGCGAUCACAUAUAUUUCCUGGAAUCCUUUGCGCAAGAUGAAUACACCGAUAGAGUUGUCGAAACGUAGGUAAAACGAGUAUUCGAAACGAACCUUGUUUAGUAGAAUAAAUAACGGUCAACCCUAUCCAAUUUUGCUUUUCAAUAGAUUUUCUGUCCUCGUUUCAUUCAUUUCACCCCCUUUUUUAUUAUCCCAUUUCUUAUUUAUGUUUUAUAAUCCCUUUAAAGCGUUGCUUUCAAUUUUUUAUUCAUGUAGGAUGCUACGACAAGUCGAAAUAUUGGUGCUUAAAAUUUUCAAAUUACUGCUCUCAUAUUUUUGUGUCAACCUCUUGUCCAAAAACCUGCGGCCGAUGUUCAGGUAUGCUUAUAUCUCCUUUAAACGAAAAAUGCAGAAGGAAACAGGUUUUAAUAAGGACAGAAAGUCUCUAUCAGUUUUCUUAUUCUUGAACGAAAAAGGAAAAAAAAAAAGGAAAAAGAAAAAAGCCCAUAAGGAUAAGUCCAAUCCAUGUAGGAAAAGCAUGACGAGACGAUAUGCUUGGGUACACAGGGAAUAAGAGAGAAUUAGGUUAUUGGUUUUGGCUUCGUUGUAAUUCCGCAUCUCGCAGGAUUAUUACAUGAAAUCCCCUUUACGUCUCGUUGGGCUUUCUUGUUCACUGAGGCGUUGCUUAGUUUUAAAGGAUCAAUCGGAAAAAAUUAUUUCAGUAGUAUACAUGUCGUUGGAUCGCAAUGCCUUCAGCUUUACACGUUUAAACUAAAGCAAUCAACUGUGGAUAUUGAAAGCGAUAUUCUUUGUUUUACAGAUGGAGGUACCUGGAGCUCAUGGAGUCCUUAUAGUCCAUGCUCUAAAUCAUGCAAUGGCGGUUAUCAGUUUAGAUCUAGGAAAUGUAACAAUGCCUCUUCAGUUCAGGGUAGAAGUGCUUGUUCAGGACCUUCAAUGGAAACGCAGAUUUGCAACCAAUUUGUACCGUGUUCAGGUAUCCAUGGAAAAAAGAAAAAUAAAGCCACUAUUAAAAUGGAUAACUUUGAAAUCAAUAUUUAUGAUUGAAUAACUUAAACAGAAACUAGGGAAAAGCGUUCCGAGGUAUAAUUACAGAUCGAGAUCGCUCGAGAUAUGCUUUUUUUAAUUAUUAUUUAGUUUAACUUCAGCUCUGAAUUCCUCAUCUUAGAGGAUUAAUUUUCGAUGAAUGCAUGGCCGUUAAGUCUGAGGAGACAAACAUAUCAGCGGUGGAAGUAGACGCCGUUUUAGCAUGCUUGCUUAUACGUAUCACCAAACCGUAAUUCUUCAUUCGGAAAAUCGAUUUCCUCUUUCCCCGCUAUCUUUUGCUAUAUCCUUAUAACUUUGCGAUGAAAUGUCUGAGGUCUGAUGUCUUACGGCUGGGAGAAUAUGGGCAGAAACAGGCUAAUCUAUUACUUUUUAAGGCAUUGCCUAAUCAAAAGAAAACAUAUCCCAAUAAGUAACAGUGUUAAUCAAAGCCGAAUUUUCCCCAUGUUUGUUGCAGUUGGUGCCCCGUUAGCUGCAAUGGAAUCGGCAGAAGGCAGAUGGGCAGCUUGGGGUCCAUACACCACUUGCAGCAAGUCCUGUGGAGGAGGCACGCAAUCAAGAAUACGCAAAUGCGUCGACCCAUCUCGUUCACAUAGUUUAAAGACAUGCAAAGGGGCAUUUAGACAACGUCGCCAGUGCAACCUUAAUCCCUGUCCAGGUAAAAAAAAAAACAAAAAUUCAAAACAAAAACAAUACAAAAAAAGUCAGCCACUAUGCAUCAACGCAUCACGAACGAUUUAAGACGUUUAAUAUCUCAGUGUAUGUUUAUUAUUGAGUGGACAAAGAAAUCGAUAACAGGAAAAAUCGUUUAGCUGAUGUCCGUUUGGGUUAAAUCAUCAUUUUCUCUACUGUCAAUGCCUUUCUAGUGCAAGAUGCAGACGGAUUAUCCUUUCAUUAACAUUUGUUUAUUUAUGUGUGUUAAUUUGUGUCAGUUGAUGGUGGUUGGGCGUCAUGGGGACCCUAUGGACCAUGCAGCAAAAGCUGUGGUGCAGGAGUGCAAUAUAAAUAUCGGAAAUGCAAGAACCCAGCACCAGAACAUGGUGGAAAACGAUGUGCAGGACAUUAUAAGAUGUCUCGUCACUGCAACGCAGGAGUAUGUGCAGGUGAAUAACUGCUCCUGUAAUUAUUUAUGUUUGUGGUCGGUUCUCUCUAUCGAUAAUUAGUGAGCAAGUAAUUACCUUACCGUUUCAUCGCACUCUUAAUUCUGGUUUAAUUUCAUUAUGAGAAUUGCCCACAUGUUGGUGAGCAGAGAGAAAAAAUGUUACCAGUUGGCCAUCGUAUUUCAUCCCAUUGGCAGAGUGGGGAGAAUCUGUCAGACUUUUAUCAAAUACCCUCAUUUUUGCGACUAGUUGAUGCCAUGUAGUUUUCCUGGGGAGAAUGUAAUCAGGUUGCUAAGAAUUAUGUAAGAAAUAACCUAGAAAAAAACCCUAGCCCUUCGAAUAGUUGUGUAGCUGCACUCGGUAGAGAGCAUCGGUCCGCAAAAUCCCGCUAAAAAAAUCCCCAAAAUCCUAAAGAGUUUGGCUCGAUAUAGCUUCUAGGAGGAUCAGAUUGUUUUUAUUUAUCGAGGCUAGAGACAAGAUGAAUAAAAGCGUUCCUUAAAUGGUUAACAUUGCUUUUCUGUGACAAAAAUGUAAGACCAUGAAAUUAUUUUUUUUUUUCUUUACACCAGUUGAUGGUAACUGGUCUCUAUGGAGUGGUUUUGGAAUGUGCUCCAAGACUUGUGGAGGAGGCCUAAAACACAGGACCCGCCUUUGCAAUAGCCCACCUCCUAACAAUGGAGGAAAAAGCUGUCAAGGGCCUUCGCGAGAAACGGUAGAUUGCAACACACAUCCAUGCUCAGGUAAAGUGUGAACUCAUCACAUACAAAAAAUUACCUUUCCUUAUAAAUUCAGAUACAAUUUAGACUUCAUCAAUUUAAAUUAUGGUACAAUCUUGGAAUUGGAAGCAUAAAUCCGCAUGAAAUAGCGAUCACGGUGAUAUAUUUUAUGAGAACAUAUAAUUGCAUGCAAUGAUGUUUUCAAAUUUAGUUGAUGGUAACUGGUCUCCAUGGAGUGUUUUCGGACGAUGUUCAAAAACGUGUGGAGGAGGGCUGAAGUUCAGAACCCGCAGUUGCGACAGUCCACCACCCAGCAAUAGAGGAAAGAAUUGUCCAGGACCAUCUCAGGAGGCGAUGGAUUGCAACACACAUGCCUGCCCUGGUAACUGCGGAGCAAACUGAUUUUUAUCAUAAACAUUUGAAUGCAUUUUUUUUUAACUUGUCGUUACCUGCGGAUGUGUGUUGCGGUGGCCCUCUGUGGUAUAUUUGUCUAGCAUACUGAAAGCAACAACAGUUACACCGUUUCCACCAUGCUCUAAUCUUUUCUUUUACUUGGAUUUUCAUAUCAAUACGGUUUUCUCUUUCUCCUUUUUCCUGUGCCAGUGGACGGUAAAUGGUCUCACUGGAGUAGCUUUGGAGGUUGUACAGCAACUUGCGGAGGAGGUUUCAGGUACAGACGUCGGAAAUGUGACCAUCCUGCACCGGCUAAUGGAGGCAAAAAGUGUCCAGGAGCAUCUUUCCAAUCAAUUGGCUGCAAUGUACAAGCUUGUCCAGGUUAAUUUUUUAAAAGUUUUUAGAAUUAAAAUUCAAAAAACAGGUAGUAGCAUUAUUGGUGAUGAUAAUGAUGAUCAUAAAGUUAUUAACAGUGUUGAUAUUGAUUACAGAAAUAAAAAAAUAAGCAACAUUUUUUUUAACUUUCAAGACUUCACCAGUUACCAUGAAUCGCCAGACAUAUUGAAGUUUGUAAGGCUUGCUAUAAACGUACAGCUUUGAACAGUGUAUGAGACACUGACCACACAAGGAAAAAGGAAUGUAUUUAAAAAUUUAUUGCAAAACUAUUUGUUAAACAACGUUUUACCCACCACGACAUUGUUUCAGCAGAGAAAAUCCUACAGACGUCUGUAAUUAUGGCCAGUUUCAGAUCUUUAUUCCUCUGAUGAUUUGACUCACUUUCGAACCGGUUGACAAGUAUCAAGGAAGGAGGAUCUUUAGCUAAAACUGAAUAUUGAACCUUGGAACCUUAUUAUGAAAUAGUAACUGAAUUUUUGAAUGUAAUUGAUUAUUUGUUUAAACAAAUUCGAAGUGAUCGAUAUAACAACACCUUAUAUAAAGAGUGGAAUAAAGGAAAACACUUUGUCUUCUCGAUGUUUAUAGUUGACGGCCACUGGUCUCCGUGGAGUAGAUACGGAAGGUGCAGCAAGUCAUGUGGAGGAGGUUCUCAACACAGAACCCGGACGUGCAACGAUCCGCCACCAGCAAACGGCGGAGCUCGCUGUAGAGGACCGAGCAAACAAACAAGAAGGUGUAAUUCACAUCCUUGCAAAGGUUAGUAGCAGCUGGAAGAUGGAAUGAAGAAGCACAAGCCUCGGAGGCAAAAAGAAAAAUCAAAAGGAGGAAUCAAUCAACGGGAUAUAUGCCAUGAAACCCCUAAAGCCCACUUUAAAAGCUUUCACGCUAGUUAUUGGUUUUAUUUUUACCACAAUUUUCUCAUUAUUAAUGCCUAGUCGUGUUCUUUACAUCGAAGUAGCAAUUGUUAGUGAGUAAGCUUGGAGAGCUGUAGACUUCAAAGGGCAGAAACAGAGAAUGUGCGUCAAAAUCUAUAGACGAAAAGUUGAUUCCGUGAAAGCUGCCGUGACACACCGACUUUACUUAUAGGUGCGUCAUUUUCGUUCUCUUAAAGCGAGUAUCAUUAACUUUUUCUUCGAUCUACUUAGUUGAUGGUCACUGGUCUCCUUGGGGUAGGUACAGUAAAUGUAGCAGGUCAUGUGGGGGAGGCUCUCAACACAGAACCCGGACGUGCAACAAUCCGGCACCGGCGAACGGUGGAGCAGGCUGUGGAGGGCCGGGAAAACAAACAAGAAGGUGCAAUUCGCGUCCUUGCAAAGGUUGGUAAUAUGGUGUAACGAGGCCCUGACGUGCGAAAAAACACACACACACAAAAUAAACAAAAUCAAAACGUAAAAUUAGUGAACGGUGGUUCCAUAAUUGUUGUCCAAUUGUGCUCCCUACAUUGAGUAAGCGAUUUCUAGUGAGUAAGUAGGAAGAGUUGUAGUUUUAAAACGGCGUAAAUAGAGAAUUCGCUUAAAAUCAUUCAGGAAAGGUAUUUCCGUGACAAUCGGACACCGUAACUCUAAGUGUUUCAUUUUUGUAGUAUUAACGUGAGCAUUAUUUACUUGUCUUCAAUCUGUUUAGUUGAUGGCCACUGGUCCCCUUGGGGUAGAUAUGGUACAUGCAGCAAGUCUUGUGGGGGAGGCUAUCAAUACAGAACUCGCAAUUGCAACAAUCCGCCUCCAGCAAACGGUGGAGCAGGAUGUCGAGGACCGAGCCGAAGGUCACGACGCUGUAACUCACGUUCUUGUAAAGGUAAAGAAAACCUACAAACCCGCCAUGCAUAUCAUAUAUGUGCCCUAAAAACUAUUAUCAAUAGACACCUAUAAAAUAAAUGAAUAAAUGAAACAAUGAUGGCAGGGGAAAUACUACGUUUAAAGCUAGUCUUAAAGCUUUCAUCCAAAAUUAUUUACAUCAUCUAUAUCUCCUCUUUUACUUACUGGUAGGAAAUAAUUACUUACUCUCCAUUGUAUGAUAUGCUUCUGCUGCUGCAUAAUUUGGGACGAUUUGUAGGUUUAGAGGAAGCUGCCCGAAGUAAGCCACUGAUUUAAUUUAGAAAAUUGUUUGGUAGGAGUUUUUGUCCGGUUCUAGAUAAGUAAAUAAUUUCCUCCAGUAAAAUAUUGCAAAAUUUGUCAAUUCUAUCCUUAAUUUGUGUAGUGGACGGUCAUUGGUCUCCAUGGAGUGGAUACGGCAGAUGCAGCAAGUCAUGUGGAAGAGGAUAUCAAUACAGAACUCGCAAGUGCAACAAUCCGCCACCAGCAAACGGUGGUAAAAGGUGUAGAGGAUCGAGCAGACGAAAAAGGAGCUGUAAUUCACAUCCUUGUAAAGGUGAGAUUGGCUGAUAUGAUGCGAUACAAGAAUGACGGCAAAAAGAAUACGAAAGACGCAAAGUACGCCGAUGUAUUUUGUUUCUGAUUAUUUUCAUUAACAGGCAGUGAUAGAAUGUCUGUUUCGUAACACUACUCAGUAAAGAAUGCUAACCUAUCUUAACAUCGUACACAAUGUGUCUUGUAUUUAAGAGACUUAAUUUUACUUCCUGAAAGAAAGAAGUUUCAGUUUCAAUUGAAUGAUUGUUUGUUUGUUUUUUUUAUUAUUCAUGAGGCACAACCUCUUAGGCUCCACUGAUCUCGCAUGUGAAAAGCAUAUCUCGCAUUCUUUUCAUUCUAUCUCCUGUAUUUGCAGUUGAGGGCGGUUGGUCUAACUGGGGUCCAUACAGCAAAUGUAGUCGCACGUGUGGGUCGGGAGGCACGCAAACAAGAUAUCGCACGUGCUCCAGCCCGCAUGCUUAUUAUGCAUACGGUGGCUCUUCAUGUCGAGGAUACUCCAAACAAACUAGGAAAUGUGGGGGUAACAUUCCUUGCCGAAAAGGUGAUACUAGUUUUGUCACUGCUCAUUAAUCGAUGAAUGAUUCAAGGGAGAAGUAAUUAUCAAUGGCUUAGAGAAUGACCAAGAGUUUUCCCAAACGUUUUGGGGCCUUGCAUGCUUAUGUCUUUAUUUUUUUGUAUCAAAAGGAAAGACGACUAAAAAUUUUCCCUUACUACAAGGGACAGCUGUCUAUGGAAGCUACCUGUAAAACAUGUUCGAGAAAGAUGUUUAUAAGUCUGUCUUCUCGGCCUUUAAACUAUCGUGUUCGCCUAAACAUUUAACAGAUAAAUUGUUUAAGGAUUUAGGUUAUUGUAGUUUCUACAGUUGCUGGAGUUGCUCUGUUAUUCUAUUUCAAGCCGUAUAUGUAAUUGUUUCUCACUUAAGUGUUCCUUUUUCUCACUGAACAGUUUGCAGAAAUACACAAAGUCACGGCUAUUGUAGAUGGGUCGUGAUGAGCUACAGAUGUGGUCGGUACUACAAAUAUUGUAGAAAAUCCUGUGGUGCAUGUAAGUAUUAACUUUUGAAAAUAAUUAUUACCAAAAUCAAUGUCUUUGAAAUCGUUUUAUAUGGCAAACUGCUAUGUCUCAGAUGAUGAUCGGUCAUUUUUAAUUUCUAAAACAUUUUUGACAUGAAGUACCAAAUAUAACAAUAUGAAGGGUACAACAUUAUUAUUCUCGUGGCCUUUUUUAAAGGAUCAUUCGAGGAUGUGGUCGAUGAAUAGUCAUAAAAGAAAAUCGUUCUCCUUUUUUUUUUCCCUUUAGCUAAACUACACCAUGACAUCAUACACAAAUUUUGCCUUCACACAGUAAACGAAGACCGCUAAUUCACUCAAAACUAUGCCAAAACAUUUCUACGGAAUCAAAGAUUACAUAUUCAAAGAGAUCUGCAUAUAACUUUGCAGGGGACCAAUCUAUCUCCAUUCAUUCUAUUCACAUACAUGUCUUUAUAGCAGAAACUGCUUAAUGUCUCGCAGGUCGCCACCAUUAAUGCAGAGAAAACAACUCUUUACUAGCGUGGUCUGUGUUUCAAGGUAAUUAUUUUUUUCCGAUUGAUAUAUAUAUAUUUAUUUUAGAAAAUUUAAAAAAUGAUACAAGCAGGAUAGCUUGCAUCUCCCGUUUGAAGAGAAGGAUCCACUUAACCUUUUUUGAAUGUAUUGUUCAAUUACUGCAAUUGAUCAACAUAUUUCACUGAUGUGUUAGCAUCUGAGCACUGUGGUGCGUAGUUUGAUUUCUGACCCUUUCCAGGAAACUUACCUUAAUUUGUUUGAUUAACUUGCAGCAAGAAGUGCAAAGGAAUUUAUGAAUGCUUCGCCGAGGGGCUAGAAGGAGGAAGCUUAUGCCAAUUUCUUGCUGAUUUCAUUAUCAUUGUCAUAAAAGUUUGAUUAAAAAGUGUGUACAUAUGUCAUGUCUUUCCUUACUUUUUUUUAAAUUUGUUCUCUUAUAAAUAGA